CUAUGUUAUAUUGAAUUACUUGUCAAUACCAGAAGUGAGUUGUCAUUAGCAACAGUAUUUAACAUACCUGAUAGAGAAUUAGGCCAUUUAGCAUUCACAGCAUUAAAACAUACAUCACGACAGAAAAAACUUCCCAUGUACCAAACUGCUGUAUCUCAUAUUAUAAAAUUAAGAUUAGGAAGCAAAGCACAUGCUCCAUCUUUGGAUUGUGAGUUAGCACCCUUUGUUAAAGGUAUUGGAGAAUUAAUAACGUUUGUUCAGAAGUUACAAUGUGUUGUAGAAGAAGAUUCUGAUAUUAGGUAUUGUAUUUCAAAAUGA